AUGAAAACCUACCUUCGGGCGGGACAUCACGGCGAUCUGCUUGGCCACGGCCGCAGCGAGGACCUUUUUGUCCCCUGGCGACUGAUGGAGUUACCCUACAGGUGGCUUCGACCUGUUCUCCCCCUGUCUCCACACCAUGGCAUCCUGGUCGGCUCUCCUCGGAUCUACCGCUGUCACCGACGAAAUGGAGUGACCCACGGUAACCUGCGCUCGCUGAGCAGAUCAUCGUGCUCCCCGGCGGCGAUUCCUCCACCAAAAAUGGCUCUUAUUAACGCUCGAUCAUUGGUGAAUAAGACCUUCCUGCUGAACGAUUUCUUUACCUCUCAUAGCUUGGAUUUUAUGUUUAUCACGGAAUCAUGGACUAAGGAUAAUGAUGAAGAGGCGGGACUUGGGCAGCUGGAUGCUGGAAUUGUUAUCGAGGCCUUAAGGCAGCAAAAUGACAGCUCUUUUCUCAUCUACAAUGAGGAUCACAAGAGAUGUGUGAAUGUCAUUAAUGCCAAUGUUAUACAGACAGCACCAUGUGAUGUAUCUUCUAACGCUCAGCGUUUCCGAUGGAUUUCCUCUUCAAGAGUUAUCAGUGUCUCUCUUAAACUCUGUUUGGAAGCUCAAAACGUUAAAGACUCUGAGAAAGUGAUUCUUCUGCCAUGUGAAGAGCUCAGUCCUCUACAGACCUGGGAAUGUAAGAAUGAGACCGUCUUUGGCUUAAAGGGACAACCGUUACAUCUGAACUAUGAUAAUCAAGAUAAGACAGGUGUGAUGCUGUUUAAGGGAAAUGGAUCUUGGAGUCGCUGGCAGAUUUUUGGGACUACAGACAAUUUGUGUUCUCAUGGAUAUCAAGAGAUUUAUACUCUGGGUGGGAAUUCAUUUGGAAAGCCAUGUCAGUUUCCCUUUAAGUUUAAUGACAAGUGGUUCACUGAGUGCACCAUGGAGGGAAGAUCAGACAGCAAACUGUGGUGUUCGACUGAGACAGAUUAUGAUACGGAGAAGAAGUGGGGCCUCUGUCCAGACGAACGCAUCUCAAGAUGGGACAGUGAUCCAGUAACUGGUGUAUUAUAUCAGAGAAACACACAAUCGGCACUGACCUGGCAUCAAGCUCGAGCCAGCUGCCAACAACAAGAUGCAGAUCUUCUCAGUAUAUCAGAACUACAUGAACAGUCUUAUAUAUCAGGCUUGACAGAUCUCUUGGGUUCAGCUUUAUGGAUCGGACUCAACAGUCUUGACUUUGAGAGUGGAUGGCAAUGGAGUAAUGGAAACCCAUUCAGAUAUCUCAACUGGGCUCCUGGUAAUCCCUCUCUGGAGCCGGGCCUUAACUGUGCUGCAUUAAACGCUGGUAAAGCAUCCAAGUGGGAAAGUUUGGCCUGCAGUAAGAAGUUAGGUUACAUUUGCCGCAAGGGAAAUUCAACAGAUAUCACGCCUUCAACAGGUAAAGAUCAGCCUAACUUCUGUCCAGUGGCGUGGGUGCUGUACGCUGGUCACUGUUAUUAUCUGCAGCGCACAAAUAAGACGUGGAGUGAUGCUUUGACUGCAUGUCACAGAGAAGGAUCAGAUCUGGCAAGCAUACACAAUAUAGAAGAACACAGUUUCAUCAUAUCUCAGACUGGAUACAUGUCGACUGAUGAGCUCUGGAUUGGUCUUAAUGAUCAAAGGAUUCAGAAUCUGUUUGAGUGGUCAGAUAGAUCACACGUCACCUUCACUAAAUGGUUUGUUGGAGAACCUUCACACAUCACAAAUCGAAUGGAGGAUUGUGUUCUUAUCAGAGGACAGGAGGGAAAGUGGUCAGAUCAUCUGUGUGAGUCAGUUCAUGGUUUCAUCUGUAAGAAGAAAGCUUCCAUUAAACCUGAAGUAUCUCCAGAGGUCAUCAGUCCUGGAUGUCCAGCUAUGUAA